AUGUCACAUAUUUUAGAUUUAUUUAAACCAAUGAUACCAUCAUUAAUUAACAGUUUGCAUAAAGGUCAAGCUGGUAGAGUUGCCGUAAUGGGCGGAAGUAAAGAGUAUACAGGUGCUCCAUACUUUUCAGGUAUUUCAUCUCUUAGAAUUGGUUCAGAUAUUUGUCACAUUUUUACACCAACUGAAGGUGGUACAGCUACCGCUUUAAAAACCUUAUCACCAGAAUUAAUUGUUCAUCCAAUUGAAAAAAAUGAUCCAUCAGAAAUUAUUCCAUGGUUAUUAAGUUUACAUGUUAUUAUUAUUGGUCCAGGUUUAGGAAGAUCACAAGGUGCCUGGAAUUGUGCAUCAGAAGUUAUUAAAGCUGCUAGAAAUAUUAAUUUACCAAUUGUUUUAGAUGGUGACGCUUUAAGAUUAGUUGCAGAAAAUUUAGAGAUUAUUAAAGGUUAUGAUAGAGCAAUCUUAACCCCAAAUUUUGUAGAAUUUAAAAAUUUAUCAGAUAGUGUCAAAAAAAUGAUGGGUGAUACAUCAAAUAAUUUAUUAAAACCAGAACAAGUUGCAUCACAACUUGGUAAUAUAACAAUUGUACAAAAAGGAAAAGAAGAUUUAAUUACAGAUGGAAACCAAGUUAUUUUAUGCGAUAAUGAAGGCAUGCCAAGAAGAUGCGGUGGUCAAGGUGAUAUUUUAGCAGGUGCUAUUGGUACUAUGUUUGCUUGGUCACAACUAUACUAUAAAUAUAACAAUAACAAUAGUGAUAAAAUUCAAGAAAAUGAACAACAAUACCCAAUUUCAAUGAUUUCAUCUUUUGCUGCUUGUUCAUUACUCAGACACUCUUCAAAGAAAGCAUUCGAAAAAAAUAGACGUUCAACUAUUACUCAAGAUAUUAUAAACGAAAUUCCAAAAUGUUUUGAAGAAUUAUUCCCUGAAUCAUUAUAA